UAUAUAAUGUUACUGUUUUGAUGCAACACGUAGCUGCGGUAUCCCUCCACGCAGACUACGCAAACCAAUGAGAGUAUCACUCCGCGACCGAGGGAUUACUACCGCCGCCAUGUUUGUUCCUGGCAAGAUACUGAAAAUCGUGGAUCGCUUUGGAAUGGUUAUAAUAGUUUGGGUUAAAAAAGCAGCGGAAUAGGUCACGGGGGCGUUUCGGAGUUUAUCAAGGUAUUUCCGCACACAGGAUUCCUCACGGUACCGGUUCGGCUACAGAAUGGAUGAUUCCCCCCAACCAAAGGGAAUAUUUGAAUGUGAACUUUGCAGGUUAUGCAUCCCGUACACGUACUUUGGACAGAAGCCGCCUAAUACACGUUCGGUGAUACUCUUGGAAGAAUGUUUUGUAACGAAAGAUCCUUUCACACCAGACAAAGAGAAAUUCCUGAUCCUCGGCUCCCACUGUAGUUUGUGCAAGCAGGUGGUGUGCGUCGGCACGGAAUGCAGUCUGUUUUACUCCAAACGGUUCUGCCUGCCCUGCGUCAUCAAACACAAAGGCGAAUUCCCCCAAGAGAUCCAGCUGGACGUAGAAAAGCGGAAAGCCCAGCCAAAAUCCUAACACCGGUGAAGAAUGAACAGUUUACAACCCAGAGACGUGUAUAUUAAACAGCUGACACAGAGUAACAGGGAGUGUUGGAUUUUUAUGGCGGAUCGUCACACAUAAAACACGAUGGUGGAAUUCCUCGCUUCUGAACAUCUAAGAAGACCAGAGAGAUCCAGCAGAGGAUAGUUUCUGAAUUUCCACUCUAGGCAGAAGUUUUAUUAAUUAUUUUAUUAGUUAUUUGUAUUUAUCAACAUGCAUGUUGUGCCUUUAUCAUCUGUAACAUCUUCAACAAAAUAUAAAUAACCCACAGUAACUCGAUAGGGGCAAAAAAUAAAAGUAUAUUUUCUGAAGAAAAA